AUGGAGAUUGAAUUAUUUUGUAAUAAUUUGUUGUUAUUCCUGCAGAUGAGGAUGGGCGGGAAGACUGUGUUGCUGGUGGUGGCGGCCCUGACGGUGCACAUCCUGCACGCCCACGCUGAUAUUAAUGCUGACGCACAAGCAGUUGUAACAGCAAUGUCAACCACUGAUGCUUCGGUUGCAGUGGAACUCAUUAAGAAAAACCCAGCUCUAGCUUUACGGACUGAAUCCUCCACUAGUCUAACGCUGUUGGUUUAUGCCUGCCAACUUGGAAUACCAUCUGUUGUGCAGACACUUGUUGAUUUUGGCGCCAACAUCGAAGUUAGACUUCCUAAUAUACUUACCACACCACUGGAAGUUGCUGUCUACGAAUCUUGUUGCAUAGAUUGUAUUAAUACAUUGAUCAAAGCUGGGAGUAAUGUCAACGUUCAAGAUGUGCGUGGAUUAACUGCCUUAAUGUAUGGUGCUGAUGGGGCAUGCGAGAGUGCGGUACCACUCCUCAUGGAGGCUGGAGCGAAUAUAAACCUCGCAGAUAUUCACGGGCUGACUGUAGUUAUGCAAAUGAAACAAUAUGGGUCUUCAGUACUCUCCGUCCUCUUGGCCUACUGCCCUGACCUCACACUCACAGACAAAAUGGGUGAGUUUUCGUUUUGUUUAUUCAAUACUAGACUAGAAGGGGUUCCUGGCUGGGCCCAGCUUUUCUUAUCCUUGUCACUUCCUCGCCCCCCCCCUUCUUCCCCUCUUUUUCCACCCUCUCCCAUUCUUUCAGAAAAUUUUUUAUUAUAAAGACCAGUAACUCCA